AUGGUCCAAACCGAGCUCUUGGGGACGUUGCCCACCGAACAGAAGGUCACCAUCGUCAUCAAGCCCAAGCCACCGCCAACGGAAAGUCUGGUGCUUGAAUGCACGUGCAAGUCGGCCAUUGACACCUCGCUCUUGAGGACGAAUGGGUUUUGCGUAGAGUACUGUCUAGUCAGUAGUGCUGCUCAGUGCGUGGUGCUGCUCAAUGUCGUGGAUAUGAGGCCACGUGAACAGGGGCUUGAUCGUGCUGCUGUGCUUGCCGAAGACUUGGGAUUCGUCAUGGCGGCUCGGGUCGUCCUGCACAUGCGCUAA